UUUUUUGGGGCGGAGGUUAUAUUUUUAAUCUGUUAAAUGGUUGAUAGUUUUUAACGAAUUAGCAAUUUUGCUCCGUUUGUAGUUGUUUGAUUUUAAUUUAGGAUUUUCUAGUUUUCCACUCAUCAAUCGCGAUCUGUCUUCAAGUAAAAGUACUGGCAAACCUCAGCUAAUAAUAUGCCUGCUGCUGUGGAGGAAGCUAAUAACAAUAACGCUAACGUCAAUAGUACGGAAAAUGCUAGCGACGCUAGUAAAAACACAUCCGAAAGAAACGAUCGAAAUGAGCAAAUGUGGAAAGUACUCAAGGCGCACAUUUUAAGGGAAAGGGCACGAAAGAAGCAAGAAAGGGAGGCGGAAGUGGAAGAGGAGCGAUUAAGGAAAGAACGCGAGGCGCGAGAGCAACAAGAUGUAAUGACCCUGGGAGAAACCAGGGAACAGAUUUCUCAACUGGAAACCAAAUUACAACAGUUCAAAGAAGAAAAGCAUCAACUGUUUUUGCAACUUAAAAAAGUACUUAACGAGGAUGACAAUAGACGAAGACAACUUGUAAAAGAGACAACUGUCCAAAUGUUGAGUAAUGCUGUCCAUGAGCAAACUCUAUACAUUCAGCAACUGCAACAAACUAUGUCUCAACAGCCUCCUGCUCCUCAACAACCUCCAGUUGCCUAUAAAACAGCACUCAAGCGACCUAGGAGUCCAAGUCCGCAGCCACAAGUACCAGUGUCUCUCUACCAUCAGGGUUACGCGACUUAUAAGCCACCCACUGUUCCAUCUUAUCAGGGAUCUCCUCAAAAAGAUGAUGGUAGACGUAACGAAUUAGUCCGAGCAGUUUUAUGGAACAAAACACCGCAAUAUUCCAGCCAGCCGAGUGCCUUUUACCCCGUAGCUCCUCAGGAAUUGUCCAUUUAUUAUCCCCUGUCUAGAGAAACGGCCAGAAACGUUUACGAAAACCAAAGGGCCCAGCCAUUCCAAAUGGACCAUAAAAUCCCCGAACACUAUUCGACACUGAGGACCACGACUUCUACUCACAGUCACGUUAUACAUCAAGCGCCUGGAUUGCCUAUUAAUCCCCAGACGCAACAACCGCCCAAAGGUGGAAGUAUUACGGCCGGAUAUCCAGUACGAAGUCAACCUCAGUAUCAGCAAGGACCCGCCCCCGCUUCCUUGUACACCAACCAGGCGAGGCAAAUGUACCAGAAUCCUGGGGGGUCUUUAAACUAUCCUCCCAGAGAGUGAGAUUUGUAAAAAACUUGAUAUCGAUUUAUGGUGAUUAGUGACGUUUUUGUUGAAGAAGGAAUUCAACAUUGGAUGGACGCAGUACAUAAAUACAUUUGCAGUAUUUGCAUAUUAAUAUAUCUUAAAUCUAUGUUUUUUUUAUUUUAUUUUAAAUUUAACUUCUUUUAACCCUUGAAAUGAUGAUUAUCAUAACAU